AUGUCUGCAACACGGUACCGUCGGUUCUUGAAACUCUGCGAAGAAUGGCCACGGGACGAAUCAAAGAAAAGCCGUGAUUUAGGAACGUUUCUACGGCAGAGAGUAGCCCAUGCCUUUCGUGAAGGUGAAAACACACAGGUAGAGCUAAUCCAUUUACUAUGUCGCACGAGAACUUCAACCAAUGUGGCUAGCUAUCUUUAGCUAGGAUGAUGGGCUACCCGUCCAUAUCGACCUUGCAGUUGCAUGCAAAACAAACAUGCAGUGAGGGCAGCAGCACAGAAAAUUAAAAGCACAAUAUGUAAUUUCAAAACCCUACCACCGCUACUAUUUGGUAAAUUGAUGAAUGGGACUGAGGAGGAAAUGUAGCCUAACCUAUGAUCAACUUGAUGGUUUUAGACGUAUUUUGAAACAAUGAAUUAUUCCUUUGCAAAAACACUUAUUUAGAAAUUGCACUGACAGCAGGACAUUUUACAGAUUUAGCCCCUAAAUCAAAAAAAUUGUUUUCCCAUAUAACAGUAUCUGUAUGUGGAUAGUUUCUAGAUUAUAUUGUAUGGACGCCCUAUGACCUGGUCUGAUCUUUCUUGACAGCUCUCAGAUCCAGAGAAGUGUGAUCAAAUAUAUGAAAGCUUGGCCCGAAUCAACACUAAUGUAUACAAAGAAAGAGUAAGUAUUCACUUAUACUGUAUCCACCCAAAAAAUAACAACAUUUGCACGCGCUGAAGAAGUCUAUAUCGGUGUACUUAUACAGGACUAGUAAAGGCUCAGCGCACAUUAAAAGAAAAUAAACUACAUGUGUUUACCGGUAAUUGUAACUUCAGUCUGAUAAUUAUUUACAAAACCGUUAAUCUGAUAAUACUUGACAAAUAUAAAAGUACUUGCUUGAUAUGUUUUCCAGUUUCUUGAAAUUCUUUGCAAAUGCAACUUAUUUCUAUGUGAACUGAAAUGGUCUAUUCAUUCCUUUUCCAUAUUAGUAGACACUCUUAUCCAGAGCAACUUACAGUAGUGAGCGCAUACAUUUUCAUACUUUUUCGUACAGGGAAUCGAACCCACAACCCUAGCAUUGCAAGCGCCAUGCUCUACCAACUGAGCCACAAACCGCUUGAUGUCUCAAUGUACUCAAUUACUGUAUUGUGCAUUGUUUUUCUUCAUGGUGAUAGCAAGUCUAUAGGUAUAAACCUAGAUGACCAACCUAUGUACAAUACAGUAAUUUACAUUAAGUGGUUUGUAAGGAUGGUCAAUUAAUACUGCACAAAAAGUGGUUGUUUUCCAUUUUAUUUGAUCAACAAAAAUAUUUAAUUUGAUGUGGAUGUUUUGUGUCUUUGCCCAUAACUUUGCACCUUUUGAUGUAAAUGUUUGAGGACAGGGUUUUGUUCUUUAUGGAUUCCAUUAGAAUGACAAUCGCAGAGAAAGGGACAGGGCAACAACAUUUACAAUUCCAACUAUUGAAUCCUGCAAGAUACUGUUAUAUACAACUAACUUUUUUGCCAAAGUGGAGAUGCUGAAAAAAAAAGUUGUCCCAUGCUACAGACGUUUAUAUUGGUCCGCUAAUACUAGUAAAGGCCCAGUGCACUACUUUAUUAUUGUAUAUAUAUAUAUUUUUUUUUAUUAUGAUUUUUCAGGGGGUGAUGCUGCACCCUCAGCACCCCUACUUACUGCGGCUAUCUUUCAUAUCAGUGAAAAAAAAGUAAAUCACUACACACCUUUUAUAGGGAUAGAGUUAGUGUUCCCACACAGCAAUAUCUCCAUGUUACAGCGCUUGUUUACAGAAGACAGAUGGUAGACAUAGGCCACCACCAGUGCUAAUUAGCUAUCUAGUGUGCUCCGAACACCUGUGUGUAAGCUAACUGGGUAGGAAGUGUAGUUCGUCAACUGGAGGCACACAAUGUGUAUGGAUCUGUGCAAAACAGCUAGAGUAUCUUUUUUUUAUUUGAAAGAUUAUUUCUUGCUGACAUGAAGGAAAAGGGGCAUAUCAGCAUAUGUUUCUAAACAUUAAACAGAGCGUCGGAAUUGUAGUUUAACAGAGCCAAAUGUGGGCGAAUGUAAUGGAGAAUGGUUUUACAUAUGGAGAAUGGUUUUCGAGAGCUAGUCCACUGCCAGGACCAUACACAGAGCGAUGUCUGUUCAUUACCCGUGCAUUUGCUUGUUGCAGCAGCUAUGAAAAAUCUUGGAGAAAGCCAAUUGAUGCAUUUAUGUGUCAAUGAGGGUUAUCGUUGCCUCUAACUCCUGUAAUAUCUGUUCACAGUUCCCCCGCACAAGAGACACCAGUUUUACAAGUGUCACAGUGGAAGAAUGUAGAAUGCUAUUAGCAACAGGUAUGGACACAUUGUCCCAAGUACAUCACAUUCAUUAUUUAUGCAUGCAGAUACAUUAGGGAUGGGCAACUGGUGGCCUGUGCUUUUGUAGGCCUGCAGAUCAAUUCACCCCCCCCCCAAAAAAAUAAUAAUUUAUAUAUAUAUUUGAAACUCAGUCAGGGUCUCUUAGAAUAGUAGAAUAUAUAAUAUGCAAUUUUGAAAUUUGGUUGUGCGUCAGCAGUUUCUCUUAUGUCAGUCACUCGCUAAGUUUCCAUCCAAUUGGCGACAGAUUUUCAUGCGAAUAUUCUAAAAUCUGCAUAAAGAAAAUAUGUGCAUUUUCCCACCAGUGGUGUUUCCACCAAAUUGACUUAUUGCGGAUAAAAAUCAGUGCGUGAUGAUGUUAUGCACACAAAAUGUACUUUUUCGCUUAAAUUAUCAUGUACCAAAUGCAAAUCUAAAGUUCAAUGUGCGUCCAUCGCAUUUUCAACUCCAAUAGUUUUGUCACAAACUGUUGCGUUAAAUAGCAAAUGUGCCUAUUCUGGUCAUGGCACGUAUGCUCUGUUAUUAUGGAUGAGCAAUAAUAUUUAAAUUUUUCAAACGGCAGUCAAGCAUAGAUUAUCAUGUCACCAGAAUCAGACCCUCGAUAUUUGUUGGAAAAAAGCAUCAAGAUCACCGUGAACUUUCACCACCCUGUGAAGUUCAUCAUAAGUUAUUUAAUCUGUAUCCUAAUAAACUACAUCGUUUCCCAAGUUGUAGUGGGAGGACCACACACCAAGUUUACUUCUAUAUGAUGGUUAUUAUAUCAAUACUUGAGCAUGAAGGCUUUUCCACCGCCAUUUCUCGCUUAAUUAAUUUUACCUACACAAAAAAAUCCCACUGUGUGGAACGAACAAAUGAUCUAUCGGCAUUUUAUGAAAUUGUACCGAAACUUCCUGUUUCCAUCGCUUCUGUCAUGAUUUUUAUUUAUUUUUUAUACGAUAUGACUUUACUCUUAUAAAACUGUGGAUGGAAUCGUGGUUUAUGACUAUCACUCAAUUAUCCCAUGUCAGCUAACAUUUUAAAGAUUGGUAAGUUAGUCUAGCCAGCUAUCUAAAGUUGUAGCAAUCAUGGUCAAAUUACUGACCGGGGCAUUGAUUUUGUUAGUCACUCUCACUUAGAUAUCAUAUUCAAAACAGCAGACAAAUUCUCAGCCCCAUGGCAAAAUGUGUAGAAUUGCAGGAAAUGAACUAUAAAAUGUAAAAAUAUAUAUAUCCCCCCCCACUGUGAAGAGGGGGGCCGCUAAAGUGUUUUGUUCGCAAAGUGGGGGGGCCCCAACAAAAUGUUACUUAGGGCCCCCAAAAGGCUAGGGCCAGCUCUGACUGCAUGUGUGGGUAUGGAUAUGCAGACCCUGUGGCCCCUCAUGAUGAGUUCAGAUUUUGUGGCCCCCGCCCCCAUCACAGUUGCCCAUCGCUGAGCUAAAUGAAUAUAACAUAAUAGGUCUAGUUUUGUUGCAAUAAAUUAGCCAACUCAUGUCAGAAUGCUACUACAUUUCAGGACAUACACACUUCCCUAUUUCUCUUCAAUAAUACCAGAUCUUCUACUACAUGACCAAAAGUAUGUGGACACAUGCUCGUCGAACAUCUCAUUCAAAAAUCAUGGGCAUUAAUUGAUCCCCACUUUGCUGUUAUAACAGCCUCCACUCUUCUGGGAAGACUUUCCACUAGAUAUUGGAACAUUGCUGCGGGGACUUGCAUUAGUGAGGUCGGGUACUGAUGUUGGGCGAUUAGGCCUGGCUCGCAGUCGGUGUUCCAAUUCAUCCCAAAGGUGUUCGAUGGGGUUGAGGUCAGGGCUCUGUGCAGGCCAGUCAAGUUCUUCCACAGCGAUCUUGAUAAACCAUUUCUUUAUGGACCUCGCUUUGUGCACGGGGGCAUUGUCAUGCUGGAACAGGAAAGGGCCUUCUCCAAACUGUUGCCACAACGUUGGAAGCACAGAGUCGUCUAGAAUGUAAUUGUAUGCUGUAGCAUUAAGAUUUCCCUUCACUGGAACUAAGGGGCCUAGCCCAAACAAUGAAAAACAGCCCCAGACCGUUAUUCCUCCUCCACCAAAGUUUACAGUUGGCACUAUGCAUUGAGGCAUGUAGCGUUCUCCUGGCAUCCGCUAAACCCAGAUUAGUUCGUCGGACUGCCAGAUGGUGAAGCGUGAUUCAUCACUCCAGAGAACACGUUUCCAGUGCUCCAGAGUCCAAUGGUGGCAAGCUUUACACCACUCCAGAUGACACUUGGCAUUGCGCGUGGUGUUCUUAGGCUUGUGUGCGGCUGCUCGGCCAUGGAAACCCAUUUCAUGAAGCUCCCGACGAACAGUUCUUGUGCUGACGUUGCUUCCAGAGGCAGUUUGGAACUCGGUAGUGAGUGUUGCAACCAAGGACAGAUGAUUUUUAUGCACUACACUCUUCAGCACUCGGUGGUCCCGUUCUGUGAGCUUGUGUGGCCUACCACUUUGCAGCUGAGCCGUUGUUGCUCCUAGACAUUUCCACUUCACAAUAACAGCACUUACAGUUGACCAGGGCAGGUCUAGCAGGGCAGAAAUUUGACGAAUUGACUUGUUGGAAAGGUGGCAUCCUAUGAUGGUGCCACGUUGAAAGUCACUGAGCUCUUCAGUAAAGCCAUUCUACUGCCAAUGUUUGUCUAUGGAGAUUGCAUGGCGGUGUGCUCAAUUUUAUACACCUGUCAGCAAUAGCUGAAUCCACUAAUUUGAAGGUGUGUCCACAUACUUUUGUGUAUAUAUAUAUAUAUAUCAGUACCAGUCAAAAGGUUGGACACAUCUACUCAUUCCAGGGGUUCUUUAUUUUUACUAUUUUCUACAUUGUAGAAUAAUAGUGAAGACAUCAAAACUAUGAAAUAACACAUAUGGAAUCAUGUAGUAACCAAAGAAGUGUUAAACAAAUCAAAAUAUAUUUUAAAUAGCCACCCUUUGCCUUGAUGACAGCGUUGCACACUCUUGGCAUUCUCUCAACCAGCUUCAUGAGGUAGUCACCUGGAAUGCAUUUCCAUUAACAGGUGUGCCUUCUUAAAAGUUAAUUUGUGGAAUUUCUUUCCUUCUUAAUGCGUUUGAGCCAAUCAAUCAGUUGUGUUGUGACAAGGUAGGGAGUGGGGUAUACAGAAGAUAGCCCUAUUUGGUAAAAGACCAAGUCCAUAUUAUGGCAAGAACAGCUCAAAUAAGAAACAACAAUCCAUCAUUACUUUAAGACAUGAAGGUCAGUCAAUACGGAAAAUGUCAAGAACUUUGAAAGUUUCUUCAAGUGCAGUCGCAAAAACCAUCAAGCGCUAUGAUGAAACUGGCUCUCAUGAGGACUGCCACAGGAAUGGAAGACCCAGAGUUACCUCUGCUGCAGAUGAUAAGUUCAUUAGAGUUAUCAGCCUCAGAAAUUGCAGCCCAAAUAAAUGCUUCACAGAGUUCAAGUAACAGACGCAUGUCAACAUCAACUGUUCCGAGGGGACUGUGAAUCAUUUACAUUUUAGUCAUUUAGCAGACGCUCUUAUCCAGAGCAACUUACAGUUAGUGAGCGCAUACAUUUUCAUACUGGCCCCCCGUGGGAAACGAACCCACAACCCUGGCGUUGCAAGCGCCAUGCUCUACCAACUGAGCUACAGCGGACCUUCAUGGUCGAAUUGCUGCAAAAAAAACACUACUAAAGGACACCAAUAAGAAGAAGUGACCUGCUUGGGCCAAGAAACAUGAGCAAUGGACAUUAGACUGGUGGAAAUGUGUCCUUUGGGCUGGAGUCCAAAGGAUUGUUGGUUCAAACCGCCGUGUCUUUGUGGGACGUGGUGUGGGUGAACGGAUGAUCUCUGCAUGUGUAGUUCCCACCGUAAAGCAUGGAGGAGGUGUUAUGGUGUGGGGGUGCUUUGCUGGUGACACUGUCUGAUUUAUUUAGAAUUCAUGGCACACGUAACCAGCAUGGCUACCACAGCAUUCUGCAGCGAUACGCCAUCCUAUCUGGUUUGGGCUUAGUGGGACUAUCAUUUGUUUUUCAACAGGACUAUGACCCAACGCACCUCCAGGCUGUGUAAGGGCUAUUUGACCAAGAAGGAGAGUGAUGGAGGGCUGCAUCAGAUGACCUGGCCUCCACAAUCCCCAGACCUCAACCCAAUUGAGAUGGUUUGGGAUGAGUUGGACCGCAGAGUGAAGGAAAAGCAGCCACAAGUGCUCAGCAGAUGUGGGAACUCCUUCAAGACUGUUGGAAAGCAUACCAUGUGAAACUGGUUGAGAGAAUGCCAAAAGUGUGCAAAGCUGUCAUCAAGGCAAAGGGUGGCUGUUUGAAGAAUCUCAAAUAUAAAAUAUAUUUUGAUUUGGUUAACACUUUUUUGGUUACUAGUUUCGAUGUCUUCACUAUUAUAAAGAAUAAAGAAAAACCCUUGAAUGAGUAGGUGUGUCCAAGCUUUUGACUGGUACUGAAUAUAUAGUGUAUUAACGUUUCAUGUCUGCUUCUGUCAGUUUUAGACACACCUGAAGUGUUAAUUACAUUUACAUUUGAGUCAUUUAGCAGACGCUCUUAUCCAGAGCGACUUACAUGAGCAAUUAGGGUUAAGUGCCUUGCUCAAGGGCACAUCGACAGAUUUUUCACCUAGUCAGCUUGGGGAUUAGAACCAGCAACCUUUCGGUUACUGGCACAACGCUCUUAACCACUAAGCUACCUGCCACAUACCACCAUCUAGUGGACUGAGGAUACCAACAUGUUCAGAGAAGCUUUUUUCUAAAUAGGAGAAACAGACUGGCACUCUAGCCUGGGGGCCCUUUUGCAGUCUAGACACCCGCAAUCUUUCAGCAGGAGGCUGGCACCCAGUCUUCAAGAGAGCAGAAACUGCAGACUGGCACCCAGGCUAAAGGAAUUACACAGGGUGUUGUUCAAAACAUGCAUGGUUGGUUCUGAUGUCUCUCUAACCACUCGUCUCUUCCACCUCACAGGUAACAUGCAGCAGAUGGAUGAGGAGAAGAAGGGCUUGUGGAAAACUCUCACAGAGCGAUUCUCCCCCAAACCAGAAGAUAUCACCCCUGAGAAGGCUCCUGAGAACAAGUAG